UUUGUCGAUGGCAACGAAACCGUACAUGAGUAGAUGGAGGAGUAAACUAACAAGAACCAUAUGCCGCGAUGCGUGUACGCUAACAAUGACUGACGACCAGAUAAAUGGAUGCGAGGGGAACGAAAGGACGACGCAGACCGAAUUUUUGGCCGACAAAUUCACAAACACGCUAUGCAACGUCACGAUACAAACGAAUUAUUUUCCUGACACGAGAGAUAGGCUCGUGGAAGCUAAGAGUGGCUCUUGGCGUUCCGGUUUAAAAGAUCCCUCUAACGAGAAGAUCCUGGAGAGCGUCGUAAAGAUACAGAGGUUUUACAGAGCUCAACGCGACAGGUUCACCGCGAUCCAGCCAGCAACCGCCUACGAUUCUACGUGUACCAAAGAUACAGACGAGGAACGGAUACCGGCGGAACCGAGAUCCUAUCGCAGCCAGGAUUUCACGAUACUAAACCGCACAUCUCUAAGAACAAGGACAGACUUUGAGUUACUGUACAAUCUCCUGGAUCGUUGGCGCAUCAAUGAAACAGAGACGGCUAGCAAGCAUCCUCGCUUCGAAUGCUACAAGAUCGCGCAGCGCACCCUGCUCUUGUCGAAAGAGGUGGAAUUGCUGCGAGGCAUAGACUCGUUGAAAACGGUCGUCAAGACUAGGAACAAGAAGAAAACGCAGAGCAACUUCUUGAACGAGCUAUCCAGGCCUGCGGUUUGGAAGAACAGUCUCGGCGAGUCGAUUCUCGUAGACACAGCCCGCGUGCAGUGUGCACGCCGUUUGCGAGACACGUACAACGCGUUGUCGAAGGACGACCUUCCGGUGCAGAAACGGAUAAGAAUGUUGCGUCGACUCAGAAACGACAUCGAGCCACACACGUGCAAACCUUCGAACGAUCUGCUGCGCUUGCUCGACCAGGAGAUUGAUCUUUUGACAUGCGACGUUGACCGGAAUAAAUUAAACUGGCUGAGAAAUCGGUCCAAGAUCACCUUCCUGAUAUUCGCCAGGGAGGCGUUGGAAAACGACUCGGAGGACGCGAUUCUGGUCGGUCGUAAAACGAUCUGCAGCAGCUGCGGUAGAUUACUGCCCGUAGAGAAGUUUUCUUGGGAGAUACGACGCCGACGCCGCUCGUCUUUCUGCGAUUAUUGUCUAUGCGCGAGAAAUGCGCGAAUGAUGCCCCGAAUCGUCUACGGCCCUUACGAGAAGCUGCUUCGCGACAUCAGGCGUAGCGAGGCUGGAAAGAAUCGUUCUCACACCAAUUUGGCUUUCGUCGUCGACGCCAAGAUAAUUCAUCGAUUGGUAAAUAGCGUUUGGCACGGGAAAUCGGCCAUCUCCGAGUGCGAUCGGCUCGACGAGUUGAGACUGGUGAGACUGGACAGGAACGUCGAGUGGUCACCGUGGAACUGUCUUCUCUUGACCGCGAACGAGGCCUCCGUGCAUACGAGAGUCGACAAUCUCGCAGAGUUUUACGGGACGAUCGUGUUGCAUAAGUUUCACACGAGAAAUUUACAAGCCAAAAUUCAGUUCGGAUACCUCGUCGAUGGCUGAAAACAUGUACGCACUUUGCACGUAUCCAAAGAAAGAAAGAAAGAAUGAAUGAAAUCGUAAUAAAGCGUAACCAACUACUCGCGUUAUGGCUCAUCGCGGCUCGUUGCGUAAAAGAUGGUAACUUUUAUUCCCUGACGAA